UCCUUCAUCCAUAAAAUGGGCAUACUGGGACCUUCCCCUCCCGCUACACAAGGUGGUCAUGAGGAUCAGAGUAAAUCAACUUAGUUUGUCAGAGUACUUUGUAAGCCAGAAAGGACUGUGCAAACAUAAGACACAACAAUGAUGUUGUAUGUAUGGAGUUAACAAUCAAGGCAACCUUGGUUCGUUGGAGGCAAAAUCGGUUCUAUGUUUUUUGAGCAUGUAGGUGGUUUUCUCUUAGGUUUAUUUCAUGAGGUCCCCAAAUUGGAUGACUAGCAAGCAGUAAUUCACUUGGGGAGGGAGUGGGAAUGGGCAGAAUGGAUGGUAGAGGAGAGAUGAUAUGGGAGAAGUGGCAGAUUAGUAAAACCUCCAUGAAACACAGGUCAGAGAAAGGUGUAAUUUGACGCAGAUUAGGGGACUCCGUUUAGUAGACAGUAGGUCACCAGUUGCUGGCAAAUCAGCAAACUCUUAUUUAGUGAGGGCUCACUGCAUGCCAGGUACUGUGCUCGGGCUGUGAGAGUGAGAUACCUAAAAACUUGUAAGCAGAGAGCUUCCGGUGGGAGUGUGUGUUUCAGGCAGAGAGCUGAGGGAGAGUGACUAGUUAACUGGGCUUGGGGGUCAGUUGGCUAUAAAAAAUGAAGCUUUGUUUUAAAGCUGAGAGGCUCUCCCCCCAUAUUUACACCCCUUCUAGCUCAUUGCAUUUGCCCCCAUUAACUAGUCCUUAAUGGGGAAUCGGCUCUUUCUGGGGGUGUGGUUUAAUAAAGUCAAGCUGGUAUGCAUCUUAAUAGAUGUGUAGUCCCUAAAGGAGAUUGCAUGAGCUCUGUAGCCAGCUGGGCCUGGGUUAGAAUCCUAGCUCUGUCUCAGGCUAGCUGCAUGCCCUUAGGUGUGAGUCUCUGUGUCUCCGAGUCCUCAUGUGUGAAUUGGACAUAGUUCUCGAAUUCCUUCUUCAUAUAGAAGAUUUAAUAAGUUUAUGUUUGCAGGGGUCUAGUCCCAUGUCUGUACAUGUUAGAUCCCAGUGUUAGCUCCCUUCCCUUCCCAAACUUUUCCUUAUAAUUUCACCUUCCUUUAGUUUACACUACCUAAUCCAACCACCUUAUGAUUGAGGCCAUAUUAUAGUGCCACUAAGUAACCCAUUCUUUCUAGGACUAAACUAAUUCUGUUUUGACUAAGCCAUUUUGCCUGUUCAUGUGGUCUUCUGGAUUUGACUCCUUUAAAUGGUUUUUGGGUCACCCAGUCCAACUGGUCACAUUCCACGGAAGCCAGACAUUUCUCCAUGCUAGUCCUGUAUGUGUGUUCUUCCCUGUCUCUUACCUUCUCAGCCUGGAUACACUAGCCUGCUGACAAGGUAGUCCUUAGUUCCUCCCCUGCGUGUCCUAAAGGCCCAGCAAAGUCAACAGAAGGCAUGAAAGAAAGGGAGAAAAACAGUUCUCAGCACAGGCUCCAGGCUUACUACUGCUCUCCCCAACCCCCUUUUCUCCUGCAAGAAGAAAAGGCUGGAUAGGCGAGGUCGCCCAGCAGGGACCACGUUGUCUAUUCUGUUCUCCAUGCUGCCAAGAGCAUCGACGUCUAAAGAGAUCGAUGCUGGGCUUCUUUCCAUUAUUUCUUUCCCGGCCUUUGCAGUGGAAGAUGUGAACCUUGUGAAUGUGACCAAAAGUGAAAUUAUUUCCAAGCUCCAGGGGCGUUAUGGGUGCUGCCGCUUCCUUCGAGAUGGUUAUAAAACCCCAAGAGAGGACCCAAACCGACUGCAUUAUGACCCUGCUGAACUCAAGCUCUUUGAAAACAUUGAAUGUGAGUGGCCUGUGUUCUGGACUUAUUUCAUAAUAGAUGGGGUCUUCAGUGGUGAUGCCGUUCAGGUCCAAGAAUACCGAGAGGCCCUGGAGGGAAUAUUAAUCAGAGGCAAGAACGGGAUCAACCUGGUCCCCGAACUCUACGCCAUCCCGCCUAACAAGGUAGAUGAAGAGUAUAAGAAUCCUCACACAGUGGACAGAGUUCCUCUGGGGAAGGUGCCCCAUCUGUGGGGUCAGUCCUUGUACAUUCUCAGCUCCCUGUUGGCAGAGGGAUUCCUUGCCACUGGUGAAAUUGAUCCCUUAAAUAGAAGAUUUUCCACUUCCGUCAAACCUGAUGUCGUAGUACAAGUGACUGUUCUGGCAGAAAACAACCACAUUAAGGAGUUGCUGAAGAAACAUGGGGUGAACGUCCAGAGUAUUGCUGACAUUCAUCCAAUCCGAGUCCAGCCAGGCCGGAUUCUCAGUCACAUAUAUGCCAAGCUUGGACGGAAUAAGAAUAUGAAAUUGAGUGGGCGACCAUAUCGGCACAUUGGUGUCCUUGGAACAUCUAAACUAUAUGUGAUUAGGAACCAAAUCUUUACUUUCACACCCCAGUUCACUGACCAGCAUCAUUUCUACCUGGCCCUGGACAACGAGAUGAUAGUGGAGAUGCUGAGGAUCGAGCUGGCCUACCUGUGCACUUGCUGGCGGAUGACGGGCAGACCCACGCUCACCUUCCCCAUCACCCAUACCAUGCUCACAAAUGAUGGCUCAGAUAUUCAUUCUGCUGUUCUUUCUACAAUUCGAAAACUAGAGGAUGGAUAUUUUGGAGGAGCUAGAGUAAAAUUAGGGAACCUUUCGGAAUUUCUCACCACCUCUUUCUACACGUAUCUGACCUUCCUGGAUCCAGACUGUGAUGAGAAGUUGUUUGAUGAUGCCAGUGAAGGGAGCUUUAGUCCUGAUAGUGGUUCAGAUUUGGGAGGAUAUUUGGAAGACACCCAUAAUCAAGAAAACCAGGACGAGCUUGACCAGUAUAUCAGCCAUCUCCUGCAAAGCACAUCCUUGAGGUGCUAUCUGCCACCUCUUUGUAAGAAGACAGAGGACAGCCAUGUUUUCAGUGCCAUCCACUCCACUCAGGAUAUACUUUCCGUGAUGGCAAAAGCAAAGGGUUUGGAAAUUCCAUUUGCUCCCAUGGCUUUGCCAACUAAAGUUCUAAGUGCCCACCGUAAAUCGCUGAAUCUUGUUGAUUCUCCUCAGCCACUCCUAAAAAAGGCCCCCGAAGAUGACUUCCAGUUUCCCAGAGAUGACCAUGGCAAUGUGGACUGUGAGAAGCUGGUUGAGCAGCUGAAAGAUUGUUCGAACCUACAGGACCAAGCAGACAUUCUGUACAUUCUGUAUGUGAUAAAGGGUCCCAGCUGGGACACAAAUCUCUCUGGACAGCACGGGGUCACCGUUCACAACCUUCUCAGCGAGCUCUAUGGAAAAGCCGGCUUGAACCAGGAGUGGGGUCUGAUCCGCUACAUCUCUGGCCUACUCAGGAAGAAAGUGGAGGUCCUGGCUGAGGCCUGCACGGACCUGCUGUCGCACCAGAAGCAGCUCACGGUGGGCCUGCCGCCAGAACCCCGGGAAAAGACUAUCUCUGCGCCUCUUCCACCCGAGGAGCUCACAAAACUCAUCUAUGAAGCCAGCGGGCAGGACAUCAGCAUUGCUGUCCUCACACAGGAGAUUGUGGUUUACCUGGCCAUGUACGUCAGGGCACAGCCCAGCCUCUUUGUGGAGAUGCUCAGACUCCGGAUUGGACUGAUCAUUCAGGUGAUGGCCACGGAGCUGGCGCGGAGCCUGAACUGUUCAGGAGAAGAAGCUUCUGAAAGUUUGAUGAACCUCAGCCCUUUUGAUAUGAAAAAUCUCCUGCACCAUAUUUUAAGUGGAAAAGAGUUUGGUGUUGAAAGAAGCGUGCGGCCCAUCCAUUCCUCCACAUCCAGCCCUGCUAUCUCCAUCCAUGAGGUGGGACACACUGGAGUCACAAAAACCGAGAGGAGUGGCAUCAACAGGUUGAGGAGUGAGAUGAAACAGAUGACUAGGCGAGUUAGUGCUGAUGAACAGCUCUUUACUGUGAGCCAGGCUCCGUCCGGCAGCGCACACUCCUCCAAGUCUGUGAGGUCCAGCACCCCAUCCUCACCCACGGGCACUUCAUCAUCAGACUCGGGCGGGCAUCACAUCGGCUGGGGGGAGCGGCAGGGCCAGUGGCUGCGCAGGAGGAGGCUGGACGGGGCCAUCAACAGGGUCCCCGUGGGAUUCUACCAGAAGGUGUGGAAGAUCCUUCAGAAGUGCCAUGGUCUGUCCAUCGACGGUUAUGUGCUCCCAUCCUCGACGACGCGAGAGAUGACCCCACAGGAGAUCAAGUUUGCUGUCCACGUUGAGUCGGUGCUGAACCGAGUGCCACAGCCUGAGUACCGGCAGCUGCUGGUGGAGGCCACCAUGGUGCUGGCGCUGCUCUCGGACACGGAGAUGGGCACCAUUGGGGGCAUCAUCCAUGUGGACCAGCUCGUGCAUGUAGCCAACCAGCUGUUCCUGCAGGACCAGAUGUCGAUCGGCGCCACGGACAUGCUGGAGAAAGACCAAGCCACGGGCAUUUGCCACUUCUUCUAUGACAGUGCUCCAAGUGGGGCUUAUGGGACAAUGACCUACCUAACGAAGGCAGUGGCUUCUCAUUUGCAGGAAUUGCUGCCGAAUUCAGGCUGCCAGAUGCAGUAGGGCCUCGGCGCUCUUUCUCAUGGGAACUUUCUUGUGUUCCCCAAGAUCCCCUGUGCUGUGAUAAAACCAUUUCCCAUCAGAAACACUGGCAGGGAGGAGAUGGCAGUGACACACCUGAAAGCAGCAUACAUCCAAGCCACAGAAAGAGCCGCUGAAUCCUGUGCUCCCCCGAGGAGCGCCUGGGAUCAUCAUUUACAUUCAUCAUACCAUCUGGUCUCCUGGAGUCUGAGGAGGAAUUGGAAAUUGGUCUCUCCUGAGUGCAGAGUGAAGUGAGAAGGCAGCUUAAAUCGGCUCUCAGAGUUACCGAACAGGUUCGACGAGCUAGUGACACAUCUUCAAGAUGGAAAGAUCCUUCCAGCAGCUGCGGACCAUGACAAAGGGAACAUCUUAACAGGGUACAGUGUGUCUGUGGGCCAACUGUUUACCAAAUAGAACAACUCUUUCUGCGGA